AUGGUUGCAAGAAGGAAUGAUAAUGCUAUUACUGAGACAUUGACGAUGUUGGCUGGUGCUAUUGGGCAGGCUCCAAAUAUGAAUGUUGGUAACAGAGAGGAGGAUGAGUUUCGUGCUUUGAAGAAUUGGGAUCUUUUCCGAGAUUCAUUUUUGGAGAAGUAUUAUUCAGGGGAUGUGUGUGGGAAAAAAGAAGUUGAGUUUCUUGAGCUGAAGCAGGGUAAUAGAAUUGUCGCAGAGUAUGCUGUAAAGUUUCAGAAGUUGAUUAAGUUUUGUCCUCAUUACAACACUGCUAAUGCUGAGAGGUAUAAGUGUCUUAAGUUUGUUAACAAGAAUAGGAUCUAUGAUGAGGAUAGUAGAGAUAGUGCUUCUCACUAUAAGUAUUUGAAUGAUAAGAAAGGGAAAGGCCAAAUCAGAGGAAAGCCAUAUGCUGAUAAAGGGAAACAAAAAGCUGGUUAUGACAGGAAGCCGAGUGGGGGAGGAGCUCCUACUCUAGUUAGGUGCUACAGGUGUGGUGUUGAAGGACAUCGUGCUUCUGAGUGCACAUGUGCUAAACUGAAAUGUUUCAAGUGUGGCAAGCUAGGUCACAAAGCUCAUGAUUAUAAAGGAGGUGCGAGUAUGACUUGCUAUAACUGUGGUGAGCAAGGGCACAAUAGUACUAAGUGUGACAAGUCGAAGAAGGAACAAGCUAAAAGGAAAAAUAGAUUAAAUCUUAUGUUGUCUGAUAUGCGUGGAAGUAUGGUCAUUGAUACUCCUGCUAUGGAUUCAGUGACUACUUCAUAUGUGUGUUUGAAUUGUUCGUUGAGUAUUUUUUGUAGAGACCUUGGGAUUGAUUUAGUGUGUCUUACCUUAGAUCAACAUGAUGUUAUUCUUGGGAUAAACUUUUUGGAAUAUACCUAUGUUUAUAUCAACUAUUUUGAUAAGAUGGGUAUAUUUCUUGAAACCGAUAUUGAGAGAGAUUUGUUUAUGUCUUCCAAGCAAAGGAACGAGUCUGUGAAGGAUGUUGUUGUGUUGUUGGCUUUGAUGGCAACAAUGGAUAUCUUUAACAAGAUAGAGAUGGGUGAUUUACCAAUGGUUCGUGAUUUUCCAGAGGUGUUUCCUAAAGAUGUUAGUGGUUUACCGCCAGAGCAUGAAAUGGAGUUUAUGAUCGAAUUAGUUCCUAGAACUAGUCCGAUAUCGAUGGUUCCAUAUUGA